AAUAAGUUGUAUCCUCUACGGCCUUGCUCACAAUUCUCAAGCUGUUCCUUCCAAUCUUCUCGAGACAAGACCUCUGCCAUUGCGUUCCUCGCAAGGUAGGAACUAGUCCGAGGAGCUUUUUGGAGCUUCAUUUUCACUUCAUUCAGAUUCCUCCAUCUCAGAGUUUACUGGACGUGAGUCGGAUUUGCUUCAAUGGCAUGCAGAAGGUUUGCUGCGUGCUCAUUUCAAUCUUUCAAGCCUUACACAAAGAUUUCCGAAUACUUUGACCGAGUUCUUAGACCGAAUGUUGUUCUAAAUAAAAGAUACUAUAAAGAUGAAUCUCACAGUUUCAAAAGAGCCACUGUACGUGGUUUACAUAUCCCAAGUUAUGGUACACAUCGCAUUGAUACAUUUCUGCCUGCAUCGUCAAUGAAAUACUGGAACACUAUCCCUCUUACUUGUUUUGGGAACUUGUCAAAUUAUCGGAAUUAUUCGUCAGCUUCUGGUAGAAAAGCUGAUAUAAGUGGAGAUACUGGUGUGCCAGCAGCUUCUUCGGGUGUUGAACCGGAUAUCAGUAACCCCCCUGAUGUUGGAAGGGACUUGCUUGAAAAGGUUAAGGAUGUCUGGCAAAGUGCUGUUGAUGCAGCAUCUUUUACGGGGCAGAAGGCUAAAGAAGUUUCGGAUGAAUUAUCUCCGCAUGUAGAUAAACUACUCGAUUCACAUCCGUAUCUAAAAAAUGUGAUUGUUCCUGUGAGUAUGACCUUGGGUGCUACUCUUUUGGCUUGGCUGGUAAUGCCUAGGCUUUUGAAGAGAUUUCAUAAGUAUUCAAUGCGAAGUCCUGUUGCCAUAAUAUCUGGAUCCUUACCUAGUGAGGAAAUUCCAUAUGAGAAAAGUUUUUGGGGUGCACUCGAGGAUCCUUUGCGAUAUCUUGUUACCUUUUUUGCAUUUUCUCAAAUUGGCGUGAUAGUUGCACCAACUGCAGUAGCACCGGAGUUUGUUUCACAGGCAUGCAGGGGGGCUGUAAUCCUUUCCCUUGUCUGGUUUAUUUAUCGCUGGAAAACAAAUGUGUUAUCUCGAGCCUUGGCCACCAAGACUUUUGCAGGGCUUGAUCGGGACAGGUUACUUACCCUUGACAAAGUUUCAUCUGUUGCCCUAUUUGCUAUUGGAUUGAUGGCUUUGGCCGAGGCAUCUGGUGUGGCUGUUCAAUCUAUGUUGACGGUUGGUGGUAUUGGAGGAGUGGCCACUGCUUUUGCUGCGAGGGAUAUACUUGGGAACAUUUUGAGUGGCUUAACGAUGCAGUUUUCACAACCCUUCUCACUUGGAGAUACAAUUAAGGCUGGUGCUAUUGAAGGUCAAGUUGUGGAAAUGGGACUCAUGACAACAUCGCUAUUAAGUGCUGAAAAAUUUCCAGUCGUUGUUCCAAAUUCUCUGUUUUCUAGCCAGGUAAUUAUAAAUAAGUCAAGGGCCCAGUGGCGUGCAAUCGUGAAGAGGGUUCCUUUGCAAGUUGAUGAUAUUAGUACAGUUUCUCAGAUAACAGAUGAUAUUAAGAAUAUGCUUACGUCUCACCCCAAGGUGUUCUUGGGCAAGGAGGCUCCUUAUUGUUUUCUCUCUCAAAUUGAAAGUACAUAUGCAGAAUUGACAUUAGGUUGUAACCUUAGAAAAAUGGGUAAAGAUGAAUCGUUCUCUACAGAGCAAGAUAUUCUCCUUCAGUCAGUACAAAUCAUUAAGGCGAAAGGUGCAACCUUAGGAAGCACCAUGUCAGAUUGGACGAACAAGUAAUGAUGCUAACCGUACUUCAAAAGAAAAAUAUUCACACAAAUGGAGGUCAAUCUUCUGCUAUUCCCACUUCGUUUCAAUCCAAGCAGUUUGGCAGCAUUUCUCAACGUGAGUGGGAGAGCGAUGAAUUCAGUUUAGAAGAAAGCAACUCAUCCCAUCGACAUAAAAUUCGGAACAACCACCUCACAAAACUACCAUAUUUUUGUUCAAUCAAUCCUUUUGUCUGUGUUGUUUUUGGUAGCUUGGAAUAUGUUCGACAGGCCAAGAUUGCCAGAUUGGAAUGUUCGAACUUGCUGCUCGGCAUGGGUUGCUGGCAUUUCUGUAAAGCCUCACAAGUAUUUUUAUUUUUGUUUGUUAAAAUUUCCCUAUAUGAUGCAAUGGAUUUAGUUUCUUCACAUUUUUGUGAAUAAUUUUCUUAUUUUUGAGAAAGGAAAAUUGUUUUGAUAUGAAAA